CCCAACCUCCCGGGCGGCGGGAAACGCGGAAGUGCCGGGCGGCGGCGGCCGCCAUGGGGCUGUUCGGGAAGACCCCCGAGAAGCCGCCCAAGGAGCUGGUCAACGAAUGGUCCUUGAAGAUAAGGAAAGAAAUGAGAGUGAUUGAUAGACAGAUCAGAGAUAUCCAGAGGGAAGAGGAGAAGGUGAAGCGCUCCAUAAAGGAUGCUGCCAAGAAGGGUCAGAGGGAUGUGUGUGUCAUCUUGGCCAAGGAGCUGAUCCGCUCGCGAAGGGCCGUAAACAAACUCUAUGCAUCCAAAGCUCACAUGAACUCAGUUCUCAUGGGGAUGAAGAACCAGCUUGCUGUCCUGAGAGUAGCAGGUUCGUUGCAGAAGAGCACAGAAGUCAUGAAAGCUAUGCAAAAUCUAGUGAAAGUCCCUGAAAUCCAAGCAACAAUGAGGGAGUUGUCCAAAGAGAUGAUGAAGGCUGGUAUUAUAGAGGAAAUGCUGGAGGACACCUUUGAAAGCCUGGAGGAUCAGGAGGAAAUGGAAGAGGAAGCCGAGAUGGAAAUUGACAAAAUCCUUUUUGAAAUUACAGCUGGGGCCUUGGGUAAAGCACCUAGUAAAGUCCCAGAUGAUCUCCCAGAACCUGAGCCCAUGGGAGCAGCAGCUGCUGUGGAUGAGGAGGAGGACAUCGAAGCCAUGCAGUCACGCCUGGCCACCCUGCGGAGCUAAGGGUGACACACCUGUACAGUUUGCCUUGCUCUUCUUUUUUUUUUGUUUUUGCAAUGGGAUGUUCUGUCCUACCUUCCAAAUGCAAAACUUCGUAUGUGAGAGUAUUUUAUGUAAUAUAUAUACAUAUAUAUAUAUAUUUCUUCCUGGGGAGUGUAUUCUCCAAGAAACUACUGUAAUAUACUUCUUCUUGGGGAGUGCAGUCUGUAGAGCUUAUCUUUCUGUUUAGCCCCUCUCCCCUGUGAGAGGCUGUGGUGAAAUGGCAGUGGUGGUGUCAUGUGGUGUAUAUUCAGAUGUAAAGUCCUGAAAUACAUUCUUACCUUCGAGUAGCAUCUUUCACUAACAGGCACUUUGGCUUAAUCUGCUACCAAAAACCUUCAGUGGUAAGAUUUUUGGUUUUUUUGGAAUCACUACAAGUUUUAUUAAAGCUGCUUUUAACAGUU